AUCAUCGAACUGGAAGCAACAGAAAUCGUUCAAGGAAGAUUUGUACCAAUUCUACUUGUAGUUUCUUCAGUUCGUUUGGCUUUCUAGCUUUGGGCAUCGUGCAGUCAUGGCCGCUCAACCAGCGUCUCGCGAAUUCUUGUGGGGAAUUUUCCAAAAGGUUGACACAGACAGAAGUCAAAAGAUCUCAGCCAAUGAAUUGGGACAAGCGCUGAAGAAUGGAUCGUUCACUCCGUUCAACCCAGAAACUAUUCGUCUGAUGAUCGGAAUGUUUGAUCGAGACGGUGAUGGCACGAUCAAUUUUGAUGAGUUUGGAUCUCUGUGGAACUAUGUGAGUCAAUGGCAGACUACGUUCCGUCAAUACGACCGGGAUGGUUCAGGUUCUAUUGAUAAACAAGAGCUCACCACAGCGUUGACAAGUUUCGGCUACCGGCUGUCGCCCAACUUCUAUGACGUUCUGAUUCGCAAGUUUGACCGAACGGGACGCGGUAGCAUCACAUUUGACGACUUCAUUCAGUGCUGCGUUGUUAUUCAGACCUUGACUGGCAACUUCCAACGCUUUGACACCAAUCGAAACGGCUGGAUUCAGAUUACGUACGAGCAGUUCCUGACGCUCGUCUUCAGUCUUAGGAAGUAGAUGAUGCUAUGCACGUGCACUUUAAAAAAAGUAGAUGCUGAAACUCGUGCACGCUGUAUGCAUCUACGCUUAUAUUCACUGUUGAAAAACAUCCAUUAUCAUGAAAUAGAUUGCUUGCUUAGUGCUCGUCGUACAUGUAUAAAUGCCGAAAUAGCGUCUUUGCUUUGAAUAGUUUUUAGAUGGACAUAUUUUAGCGCAAUAUCUUCUUUACUCCGUGGCUUGUUCACAACCUGUUUCCUUUGUCUUGGUCGUUUUCUGUUACCUAUCUGGGACUAUGUUGUUAAUGCCUGCGCAAAAAUAGAAACCGCUGGUUCGAGAGUCCAUGACCUUUGGUAGGUCUAACUGGAGCUAUGGCCAGUGGGAAUCGAUCAGUUUUCAACUCGGUUAGCUCGUUUUUCGAUGUUUUUCAUUCACAUAUUUUUUGUAUUUGAAAAAUGAAAUACAUCUUGUACCAAGAGUAUAUAACCCCCCAA